AGUGGAUUUUAUGUUAUUAUUAUGAGUAAAAUGUAUUUGUCUAACCGAAAAAAAGAUAUUUUACAAGUUAAAAUUUGUCAAAAGUAUUCUUACGAAACUUAUAUUUCUCUUAAGGGAUUACAAGCAAUAAGUUUAAGAAAAAAAGAACUUAUCAAGUGGUUAAAGGAAGAACAAGUGACAAAAGCAGAAAAAUAUUUUAAAUUAAAUUUUCUUUAUAUUUUUAAUUUAGAAUCGUAUCUGAAAUUGUAUAAAAACAAUUUUACUCUUAAAGAAGAAACAUGGCGAUUAGUUUUUUUCUUGAUUGGAGAUAUUGAAUGUAUUUUUGAUUCGAUUUGUAGGAUAUUUGGAAAUAAUUUUACUAUGAUUAUUUCUGAUAAUGAUUACCAUAAACAGUUGAACAACGAAAAAUCUCCUGCUUUUGUGGUUAAAGAAUUUGUGAGAAAACAAUUGGAUUAA